AUGGAAGAUGAAAAAAGUGUUGCAAAUAGUGAUGGGAUUAUGUUUGAUGCUUCUAUGAGUGCAGCAAAUGAUGGGUACUCCCAAUUGGACGGAAGCUCAAUAGGCCAAAGUAUAAGAACCUUUGGAAGUGCAGGGAAACUUUCAAGGACAGAUUUAGGUGAUUCAGCCAGAAUCAGAGGUGAACGUUAUGCGUCUAGUUGCAAUGCAUCUUCUCUGAAUGAAUCUGAAAUAGUAAAAAAGCAUCUAAACAGUGUUGAGAUUGGGGGAGAAAUUGAAUUCAAAGAACUAUUUUCUACUUUUUUAAAGAAUUAUGUUGCAAAAGAUGGAGAUACAAUUACCGAGUAUAGUACUUCUAAAGGUGACAACUCAAUGAUAGAUGGUGGGUCAUCAACAUAUAUGAGCCUUUUAAAGAAGCUUUUAGAAGCACAGCUGACCGUUGAGAGUGGGAAUGAUAACAGAAAUGAAUCUUCUUCUUCUGGUUAUAGCUUUGAUAUCAGCUUAAGGCACAUCGAGGACUUCAAUAAGGGUCUUUAUUAUACUAUAGUAUCAGCUCCGAGUGAUGCAAUAAUAUUUAUGGAUGAAGUUAUUGAGUCGGAAAUUGAAUCUAUUUUAGGUGAUGAUUACUUGAAAGAAUUUGCACUACCAAGAGUACGUGUAUUUGAUAAUAUCAAUAUUUGCAAUAUGAGGGAGGUAAAUCCAUCAGAUAUUGAGCAACUUGUUAGUAUUCGUGGAAUAGUAAUUCGUUGUUCAGAUGUUAUCCCAGAGAUGCAAAAGGCAGUGUUCAGAUGUACUAGUUCUUAUAAUGCAAAUGGCUUGCACACGAACUGUGAUCACAGAGAAUACCGUUUACUUAUUGGGGGAGAAAUUGAUGAACCUACUUUAUGUCCAGUUUGUAAUAAUAACUACUCAUUUGAGCUUAUGCACAAUUUAUGUCAGUUUUCUAACAAGCAAAUUUUAAAGAUCCAAGAGCUUCCCGAUACUAUACCACCAGGAGAGACCCCACAUACUAUAUUAGGAUAUGUAUAUGAUGAAAUGGUUGAUUGUUGCCGUCCUGGAGAUAGGAUUGAGUUUAAUGGAAUAGUAAAAGUAUCUGGAGUUAGGCUCAUGGCUAAAAGAAGGCAGUUAAUGUCAGUAUUCCGAAUUUAUGUAGAUAUUUUACACGUUAAUAAAAAUAUCCACAAUAUGCUUUAUUCUGUAGUUGGUAAUUCUGCUGGAGAAAUAUCAGAGAUCGGUAAUGGAGUGCAGUGCAUAGACGGCCAAAACUCUAAUGCAGCUGAAAAAAAUACUCUGUUUACAAAGGAAAUGAUUGAGCAGUUCCACAAAAUGUCCAAGGAUCCAAUGCUUUAUGAGAAACUUUCAAGAUCAAUUGCACCAAGCAUUUGGGAGAACGAUGAUGUGAAGAAAGGUCUAUUGUGUCAACUUUUCGGAGGAAGCAGGAAAAACCUACUCAAGGCAGCAUCCGAAAUGUUGGCCGGGCCGGAUAGACAGAGUGAUUCAAUUUCAGACUCUUCUGAAAGUAAAAAUAUAAAUAACUCUUCCCUCAACAGAAGCGAGAUCAAUAUUCUUCUUUGUGGAGAUCCAAGUACUGCAAAAUCCCAGCUACUUCAGUACAUCCACAAGAUUACUCCAAGAGGUUACUACAUUAGUGGGAAAGGCAGCUCUGCGGUUGGUCUGACUGCAUACAUUACAAAGGACCCAGAAACCAAAGAGAUUGUUCUAGAAAGUGGAGCCCUUGUUUUAAGUGACAGAGGUAUAUGCUGCAUUGAUGAAUUCGACAAAAUGGAUGACUCCUCAAGGAGUAUUCUGCAUGAGGCAAUGGAACAGCAAACAGUAAGUAUUGCAAAGGCAGGUAUUAUCUGUUCGCUGAAUGCAAGAGUUGCUGUUCUUGCCUCCGCUAAUCCCAUCUCAAGUCGUUAUGAUCCCAAAAAAAGUGUUGUCGAAAACAUCAAUCUUCCGCCCUCACUUAUGUCCAGGUUUGAUCUUAUUUACCUAAUGCUUGACAAGCAAAGCGAGGAAUCUGAUAAAAAGCUUGCAGAGCACCUAUGUGCACUAUAUACAUCCUGUAACUCAGAGGAAAAGUCAAAAAAUACAGCUAUUUUUGAUAAGGUCAUUCUUUCUAGGUAUAUAAGUUACUGUCGUCAACACUGUAAUCCAAAAUUGUCAACUGAUGCAUGUAACAAGUUGGUGCAGAAUUACAUUUCAAUGAGGAGACAAGGCACGAGUGGUGGAGGUUUACAAAGACAGAAAACAAUCACUGCUACCCCAAGACAGUUGGAAAGCUUAAUCCGUAUUUCUGAAUCUCUAGCAAGAAUGGAGCUCUCUGAAUGGGUCAAAGAAUCUCACGUAGAAGAAGCAACUAGACUGAUGAUGUCUGCAACUUACAGUGCACUUGUUGACCCAACCACAGGAUUAAUAGACAUGGAACAAUUAACGAUUGGUUUUGGAGGGAGAGAAAGAAUGAUUCAAGGAAAGAUAAAUAAAUUAAUAAUUGAGAUUCUUGGCAAUAAUCCGGAUGGAAUCUCCAAGGAUGGGAUUUUUAACAAAAUUCUGGAACAACUUAAGACAAACAAUUCGAGUGAAUUGUACCAAUUUGAUUAUAGAAAAGAGUUUGAUGUUUGCCUAGACACUUUGGUAAUUAGUGGAAGUAUUAAAAAGUUUUCAGGACAGAAAUACAAGUUGUCAUAA